AUGUCAUUCCCAAAUUAUGAAUUCGAACCGCAUAAAAAUGAAAAACUGAAGUUUUUCUCGGAAGUGAAUGCACAAUAUUGGCAGUUUGAAACGUUUUUGCGAGCUUAUCCAGAGGAUAAAAUUAAAAAAAAUCUCUUGGACAAUAUAAACGGCCUCAACUGGGUGAAAAAGCAGUAUAUUGACGAUAAGUUGCGCACCAAUCCCUCUCAACAAAAACUGGACAACAUUGGAAGUUCGAUCGAAGCUACAACUAUAGUAAACUCGGGCAUUAUUUCCCUUGGAGAUAAUAACAACAGCACUCAAACAGACAGAUUGAAAAGGCCUCAUGCCAAUAGUAGCAGUGCUUACAGUAAUGAUAUUGGCGAUGGCAGUAACAAAAAAAAGGCCCACGUUGGUGAUCAAGAAUUUACGGAACAAUAUAUGGAUGAAGUUGAUGAAGAAGAAGAAGAGGUGCAAGCCAACGAUUGCUUCUACCUAGCCAAUGCGAUCAAAAAGAAGAUCAAAGCUGCAAAAGCUAUUUACGGUCAAAAUUCACGCAGUGGAACUACUAAAGAAGCAAUGGUUGUCCGUACUGGCCAAGUCGAUCAGGAAAUGAAGGCCGGGCUAGCAGCUUUGGAACGAGAGGUGGUCGAGCGCCUUGAUAGGCGUGACAAGGAUCUAGUUAUCGAAUUAAAUGCUGAUUUCUGUAUUUUAGAUAGGAGAGUGUUGAAAAAUGAUAAUGGACAAGCUGAACAGAUUAUAGCACAAAAGUCUGAGGAAUACCAUGCUUUGAUGAAUGUUCCCGAGCUCAGGGCGGACCUCAUUCGAGCAACAGAAGAUUAUAAUGGAAGCAUCGGUGCCACUGAGCAAAAAGCCGUUCAAUCGGCAAAGCUGAAUAUGAAGCUCCUCAUCGGCUGUUUGAGCCGUAAUCUGCUGACGCCACGCAUUCCACUUUUUCCGGGCCGGGAUGUGAUUGCAUACCCAGAUAUCGCACGCGUCACCACAUGUAACUUUUGCGGCGACAUCUUCUUGCAUCAGCAUAACACGUAUCAUCGCUGUCCAGAUCGUAACGGCGACGUCCUUAGCUCUCAAGAACACGAGCUUCUGUACGUACGGGCACUCUACGCACAUGACAUUCUCGACGAUCUACAACUAGAGCUAAAUGGCACUAUAUUGGAACAGCAAGGGAUUCGGUCUUUUGAUGCAGUGGCGAUAUUGACCGAGAUUCUUCUCUUCUUUUAA